AUGCCUCCUCGACCAACCCCCAGAUCGGCUCCCACGCACUUCCUGUGUAUCCCUCUUGUAACCCCUUCCUCACGAUCUCAGCUAUCUAAGAGCCUGGCCUCCUUCAGAGCGGAUGUCACCAGCCCAGAAAGCUUCGCCAUUCCGCCGGACGCUGUCCGGCCCCUGGGCACCCUCCACCUGACUCUCGGAGUGAUGAGCUUCCCCAACAAUGAAGGUGUUGAAAAGGCGAUCGAGGUCCUGAAGAGCCUCAAACCACGCGAGAUACUAUCGGGCAUCAAGCCUCUAUCAACUCUUACCCCCUUGGCGGGCGCCGUACAACCGUCAACAACCCUUGAACCCAAGCCAUUGUCCAUCACCCUUCGCGGUCUGCACUCUAUACAACCAGCCCCCAAAGCAACGGUCCUCUACGCACCGCCGAUCGAUCCGGAGGGUAUCUUUCGCGCCUUUUGCGAGAAGCUGAGGGCCGUAUUCCAGGAGGCUGAGGUCAUAGAGAAGGAGGAUCGGCCGUUGUUGUUGCAUGCUACCAUCAUCAACACUAUCUAUGUUAAGGGCGGAAGAGGGAAAAGAGGGACGAAGAUGACUAUCGAUGCGAGGGACAUACUCGACCGCUAUGAUGAUCAUGUAUGGGUGGAAGACAUGCCAGUGGAGAAGAUUGCAAUCUGUCGGAUGGGGGCGAAGCAAAUUGAGGGUGUGGAUGAUCAAGAAUACGAAGUCGAGGCUGAGAUUGCUUUCUGA